AGGCGGGAGAACCACACCGGGAGGCGCAGCCGCGGGCACGGGGGCUCGCGGCAAGCGGGAGGAGAGCGGAGACCCGGCACCUCCGGGGUGCCGACAUGGCCGCGUAGGCUGCGAGCCGGGUGGCCUCGCCUGAGUCCAGCUCGGGUGGGUUGCUCCGGCCUGAUUUCGUACCCAGUGUCAUUGGCUUUUGUAUUUGCAUAGGAAUCAGAGGAGUUAAUCCUGUGUCUUUCCUUACAGGUUCGAGUCUUCAGACAGACUUCUAGAGGACUCCAUACCUGACCAACAGUUGACAUUCCUGGUCGUGCAGAAGACGGCCAUUCAGGACGCCGAACUAUUGUGAUGAAAAUCUCCUUCCUGCCCUGGAUCUCUCCUGUGUCUCCCACUCUGCUUGGCCGCACUGCCGCCUCUACUACCCUUUCUGGAGUCCGGCUGUCGCGACUCCCUACCUUCUUUCUGUCUGUGCUUUAAAUGGCACAGCAUUUGCUCAUCACAUCUGAAAAAGAAGGUGUGAAGAGCAAAGGCCAUGGCUCCGUUCCGCUGUCAGUCAUGUGGCAAGUCCUUCCUCACCCUGGAGAAGUUCACCAUCCACAGUUAUUCGCACACCAGGGAGCGACCGUUCAAGUGCACGAAGGCUGAGUGUGGCAAAGCCUUCGUCUCUAAAUAUAAAUUGAUGAGACACAUGGCCACACACUCACCCCAGAAGAAUCACCAGUGUGCUCACUGUGAGAAGUCGUUCAACCGCAAGGAUCACCUGAAGAAUCACCUCCAGACCCACGACCCCAACAAGAUCUCCUACAUUUGCCAGGAUUGCCGCAGGAAGUACCACACCAUGCUGGGCUACAAGAGGCACGUGGCCCUGCAUUCUGCCAGCGGCGGAGGUCUCAUCUGCAAGGUCUGCUCUGCAGAGCUGGGGAGCACCGAGGUCCUGCUGAGCCACCUCAAGGCUCACAGGGAAGAAAAGUCCCACCAUGCGACCAGGGAGAAGAAACACCAGUGCGACCAUUGUGAGAGAUGCUUCUACACCCGGAAGGAUGUGCGUCGCCACCUGGUGGUCCACACAGGAUGCAAGGACUUCCUGUGUCAGUUCUGUGCCCAGCGAUUUGGGCGCAAAGACCACCUCACUCGUCACACCAAGAAGACGCACUCGCAGGAGCUGAUGCAAGAGAGCAUGCAGGCAGGGGAAUACAUGGGCACCUUCCCUACCAUUGCGCCGGCCUUCCAGCUGAAGGCUACUGCCAUGCCACCUUUCCAGCUAGGGGUGCCCGUGCAGAACGGGCUUGCGGGUGGCUUGCCACCCGAGGUUCAUGGUCUAGUGCUUGCUCCCCCAGAACAGGUCCCCCAGCCUAUGCCGCCAAUGCCAGAGCAGCUUGUUACUCUGCACCCUGGGGUAGUUCCCACCUCUCCUCCCCACACCCUGCAGGAGCAUAAGUAUAGUCCUCCUUCUACCUCAUUUGCCCCACUUGCUGGCCUGCCGAUUAAAGCAGAAGCCAAAGGCUUUUGCAACAUGGGUUUCUUUGAGGAAUUGCCUCUGCAAGAGCCUCAGUCACCUCUCAAACUCAGCCCAUGUUUUGAGAUGGCUAAGGAGGGCCUCGGGAAAGUCACUAUGCCCAAGGAGCUGGUGGUAGAUGCUGUGAAUAUAACGAUUCCUGCCUCUCUGGAGAUUUCCUCACUGUUGGGGUUUUGGCAAAUCCCCCCUCCUCCCCCCCAGAAUGGUUUUGUGACUAACACCAUCCCUAUGGGGCCCGGGGAACCAAUGCCCCAUACAAUCACAUGUCUGGCGCAGCAGCAUGUAGCACCGCUGCCGCCUCCGCCCCCGCUGCUGCCACCGCCGCAGCCGCAGAUGCAGCCACCACCACCACCACCACCGCAGCAGCAGCCACCGCAGCAGCAGCCACACCCACAGCUGCAGGUUCAGCUGCAGCCUGAGCCGCAGCAGCCGCUGCAGCCACUGCAGCUGCAGCCACCAUUGCUGCCCCCGCAGCUGCCCCCGCAGCUGCCCCCGCAGCCACCACAACCACAGCCACCUCCGCUGCAGCUGCAGCCGCAGCUGCAGCCGCAGCCGAUGCCGCAGCCAGAGCCGCUGCCGCAGCCGAUGCCACAGCCGAUGCCACAGCCGCUGCCACCAGAAGCCCAAAUAGCAGUGAGCGCUGUGAAUCUGGGCCAGCUCCCGCUGCCCCCUAUCCCCCACGUUUUUACAACUGGCACCAACACCGCCAUCCUGCCCCAUUUCCAUCACGCUUUCAGAUAAAUUGAUUCUUAGGAAGGCGUUUAGCUUGCGGAAGAUGCUGUAAGCAUCAGUUACAGUUUGAAACAUCAGUUACAGUUUGGGAGGAGGAAGCUUUGGAAAACAGGAUUGGGGCUUUAGCUUAUUCGCGAUUUACUAGCUUGAGAAAAAGAAUUCUCUAACUGCAUGCAUUGUGCCAAUAUAUAUCCUUAGUAUUGAUGCUUUGUACCAAAUUUAGUGAGUGCGUGCGUAUUCUGCAAAUAUUAUCGUAUUAUUAUCGUAUUAUUAUCCUCAUAUUAUAUCCUCAUAUUAUUCUCAUAUAAUCACAACCAAGAUCCAAAACGACAGCUGCUAUUUUGUAAAUGGUUUAUCGUGUUGAAUUUUAUUGUAAUGAUGUUGACUAGGUAACUUUGUGUGUAGCACCGCCUAGGAAGGACAUGAUGGAAAGGCUUGGAUUUCUCCAACUUGGAAGAUGUUUUUAAGAGAAGAGGGUAAUCUUUGUAUGGCAUUUAGAACUAGGCGGUGUAUUGUGUGUUUUCUUCUUUUCUUUUCUU